AUGGGUCUACUUGGCCGACGGCUGGGGGCAUAUUUUGCCGACCACGGCGAGUCCGAGACGGACGAUAAAAGACCACGAUGCCUGCGCAGGAAUGAGCUCCCUUUCCAGCAUCGGCCCUUCGAGCAUCGGCCCUCCCAGCAUCGACUCCCUCUCGCCCCAGAGCGACGACGCCCGCCCCCGCCCUCGUUCGAGGAGUCCCAGAGGGUGGCGUGCCGCAGCUACUUUGCUUGCGUGACGCUGCACGGCCACGACCGCACCCGGCUGAGCAACUUUGCCCAGGCCGACGUCGAGGCGGUCGAGGCGGCGGCGCAGACCCUGUACCGGGUCGCAGGCGAGAGCCGGGCCUACGCGCGGUGCCGCGAGAUCCAGAUCGCGGGCGCCUCGCCGUGGACACUCAGCUACUACGGCGAGGUCCGGGCGCGCGGGCUGCUUCUCAAUAUCGCCUCCAGCCUGUCGGUGUCGGUGCGCGGCUGGGUGCUGCAGGCCGCGUUCGACGUGACGGCCCGCCAGGGCAUGAGCAGGGGUGAGUGCCAUGGACCUGUGAGACCUCAGCAUUGCCAACAGCUCCUCGCAGACUCGCUCUACUUCCGCAAGGACGAGCUAGCCCCGCCGCCGCCGCUAUACAACUGGAUCGCCGUCUCGUUCGACCAGUACGACGCCCUCAAGAUAGUGGGGCCCAUGCCCGAGGGGCUAGUCGAGGAGCUAGUCAGGGACUUUGCGGUGCAGUCGAGCGUCGGCAUGCACCGGUCCCAGGAGGGCAGCGAGAAUGACGUGCUGAUCUGCCAGCGGGAACUGACUGAUAGUUAG